ACGUACCAAAGUAGAAAAAAAUGGCACUUCACCUCUUUCCUGAAAUUAGCAAGACCACUACUGUUCGAGAUGGCACAAAAUAUUCAUAUAUCCACGUCCCGCCAUCGGAUUCUAACAAGCCUACCUUUCUACUCCUCCACGGCUUCCCAAGUACAAGCUACGAUUGGCGUCAUGUAUUGCCUUUACUGAAGGAUCGUGGUUAUGGCGUUAUAGCUCCGGAUUUGCUCGGGUAUGGUGACUCUGAUAACCCGGCAGAGGUGGAAGCGUACUCGAUCAAACGAAUGGCAGACCAUGUCAUUGAGGUUAUUUUGAGUGAAGGACUAGAACAAGUCAUUGGCGUUGGGCACGACUGGGGCUCUACACUUCUGUCAACGGCUGCUCUGACUUAUCCAGAUCGUUUCUCUGGUUUGACUUUCACUGCUGUUGGCUUCGUCCCCCCAGAGCCCUUUGAUCUAAAGUCUGUGAAUACGAUGGUUAAAGAGUACAUUGGUUACCCAGCCUUUGCGUACAUGGAUUUUUUUAAUGAGGAUAGCGCUGCAGCUAUAUGUGACAAGAACCCGGCUUCAGUAAUGUCAAUGUUGUAUUCCACAAAACCAGAUGAUUGGAAAGCUCAUAUGGGCGCCGAAGGCGGUGCAAAGGAAUGGGUGAGUUGCGGUAAAGUUGCUCAUCCUCCACCAUGGAUGAGCUAUGAGGAGAUUGCUACACAUGUACAACUCCUCAAAAAAGGGGGAUAUACAGGUCCUCUAAACUGGUAUAAAUCAUUCAUUCGGGGGAUAGACAAGUCCUUGUACGAGAGAUUCACCACCGAUGAGAGCAAGAACCUUGACAUUCCUGCAGUGGUGGUUACGGCCGCGUAUGAUUGUGGCAGUCGCCCAGAAUUCCAGAUACCGGCGGCAGAAAAACAUCUUUCAAACCGACGCAUUGAGAGGUUCGAAUGCGGCCAUUGGAUUCCACUGGAAAGGCCGAAGGAGCUAGUUAUUUUGCUGGAGGAGUUUGCGAGUGGAUUAUAAAAGAUUCUUUCGGAAGAUGAUGUUUUUAUAUAUCACUCAUUGAUGAUGGAGACUGAUUAGAGACUACAGCCAUUAAACAUAUUGUGCUCG